AUGCCGGCCGUGCGCGUCUUGCCGUGGGUGUCAGUCCAGCCGAGCCUGUUCGACGUGAUUCACGAUGUGCGAUACGGCGUGCUUGGCACGCAUGGCAAGUACGAAGAUGUGUGGGCGACGGUGAGUCUCGCGGCCCAAGGCACCCAGGCACCAGGUCCAACGAGAGAACAUGGCACGUGGCGCGUGUCGCGAGACACGUCGCCAACACACGGUCGCGAUGCGGACGUGUGCAUAUCGUCGCAGACACAGUCGAUGCACAUCGAGUCGUCGCAUAGUGCAAGUCUCAUACCACUUUCGUGCCACGGAGCCGUCGAGCUGGCACCAACAUCCAUUCAUGUGGCGGCACACAGGGGGCAUGUGGCUGUGCGAACGGAGGCCGGCACCGCUAGUUCAUCAGCGCAGAUCCUUCGUCUUUCCCCGCUCAUGGACAAUGUACAGCGGUACGCCAUAGGUACAGCAGAUGGCGUGGUCUAUGCGGGUGUGUGGGAAGGCGCUGCAUCGCUGUCGACAGCGACAUCGCCAGAGGCAUGCACGCAAGUCGCUUGUCGUGGCCAUCAAGGCGACAUUACAAGUGUGCGUUUCUUUCCCAGCGCCCAAGUGAUACUGUCCACAUCGCUGGACAUGCGAGCACGGAUCUUUUCUGCAUUGGACGGCACGAACCCUCGCACACUCGAAGGACAUACACGAGCCGUGACGAGCAGUGCGAUCCUUGGGCGUGGACGCGAAGUAGCGACAGGCAGCUGGGAUGAGACUGUGCGUCUUUGGGACGUCGGGCAGAAUACGACCGUGUCAACGUGGCAUGUCCACGAUGGCGUGUGCGCCCUGGAAGUGCUAGAUGCAUACACAUCAACGCCCGAGGCGCGUCAUGGCGUGCUGUUGGCAGGGACCGACAGCGGGCGGCUGUGUGUGUGGGACGUGCGGGAACCGCCAAGAAAGACUGGCGUGGACGACGCGGCUGUGCCAGUUCCGCGCACACCUCUGUCACACACAGGUGCAGCAGCGAAUGCGCCUGUCCAUGCCAUGGACGUGCAUGCAACGUCGGUGCUUGUGGGCAUGGCCGAUGGCGUCUGUGCGAUGUACGAUAUGCGGCAGUGGACAGAGCCUGUGUACGCGUGGUGCCGGAACACGGCAAGCGUCACGGACGUGCGGAUCGAUCCGUCUGGCACCGCAGUCAUGUGUGCGACGAGUGAUGGAUUGCCCUACAGUUUGGAUCUGUCGACAUGGGCGCUGCCAAGAGUAUACUGGCUGGGAUACGGAGCGAACGACGGCCAUCGAGCGCGAUGCGUGGGGGCGCACGAUCGUGCUGGGUCAUGGCACAUAUGCAUUGUACGAUAA